AUGUCAAUUGUUGUUGGAAGGAUGUCAGUUGUUGUUGGAAGGAUGUCAGUUGUUGGAAGGAUGUCGGUUGUUGUUGGAAGGAUGUCAGUUGUUGGAAGGAUGUCAGUUGUUGGAAGGAUGUUGGUUGUUGUUGGAAGGAUGUCAGUUGUUGGAAGGAUGUCAGUUGUUGGAAGGAUGUCAGUUGUUGGAAGGAUGUCAGUUGUUGGAAGGAUGUCAGUUGUUGUUGGAAGAAAAAUAUUUGUUG